UGAAAACUGGCCUUUGAAAAGGUUAGGCAGUACAUGAUUAUUCAAAACAACUAGAAGCAAAAUGGCAACAACAAAAAAAUCACAAGGAAGUUCCAAACAAGGGAUGUUCACACAGUAGUGGGGGCUUCCUGAACACAGGUUCCUGUAUAGUCUAGGACCGUAGAGAGUUUUGCCUGGGCCCUGGGGAUAGUAUGACUUCACAGUCAAAUGUCUCAGAACAAGGCUGGCUUUUCAGGUUUGGCUUUGCUGCGUGUUGUGUGCUGUUCUUCUGAGUGGCAGGUGUGAGACUUUGUUUGAACAUGCUGUCCAGAGUACCUCUCAGGAGUUCUCUUACACAUACCUUCAGAUUGGACUUUAAUUCUUGGAGACAGCAGAAAAUGAACGACACAUUCCCCCUAACCAGAAAGAAGAAGUGAAGGAGUGGGGAGAUUGUUGGAGAGAAGAGAGAGAGACUGAAGAGGGUCUAAACUGAAGGAGUGGGGAGAUUGUUGGAGAGAAGAGAGAGAGAGAGAGAGAGAGACUGAAGAGGGUCUAAACUGAAGGAGUGGGGAGAUCGUUGGAGAGAAGAGAGAGAGAGAGAGAGAGACUGAAGAGGGUCUAAACUGAAGGAGUGGGGAGAUCGUUGGAGAGGAGAGAGAGAGAGAGAGAGAGAGAGACUGAAGAGGGUCUAAACUGAAGGAGUGGGGAGAUCGUUGGAGAGAAGAGAGAGAGAGACUGAAGAGGGUCUAAACUGAAGGAGUGGGGAGAUCGUUGGAGAGAGAGAGAGAGAGAGAGAGACUGAAGAGGGUCUAAACUGAAGGAGUGGGGAGAUCGUUGGAGAGAAGAGAGAGAGAGCGACUGAAGAGGGUCUAAACUGAAGGAGUGACCAGAGAGGAUACUUAUUGCAGACACCAUGUCUGUCUCCACCACCAAACAGGAGAGAACCCUGUGUGUUCUGCUCCCUAAUAAAGAACAGCUGGACAUCACUGUGGGGGUCAAGUCCACAGGGCAGGAUGUGUUCAAUCAGGUGUCUGAGCUCCUUGGAAUAAAAGAGCUGCACUUCUUUGGCCUGACAGUGGUGAAGGACAAUGAGCACAUCUUUCUGGACAUGGAAGAUAAGCUGACCAAGUAUUUCCCUAAGGAAUGGAAGCAAGAUUCAGGGAAGGGGUUACAGAAGAGAUCCCUCCCCCUGGUACUCUGCCUCAAGGUGCAGUACUAUGUGGAGAACGGCAGGCUCAUCUGUGAGCGGAAGGCGAGGCGUCUGUACUUCUCUGACCUGAGGGAGAGGGUGUUGCGUUCUGAGUGUCGUCAGCAGGAGGAGGUGUACUUCCAGCUGGCUGGGUAUGCUCUUCAAGCUGACCUGGAGGACCAUCCCCUGCCUGGGAAGAACCAGGGAGGUACCCGCUACUUCCAACCCAAAGAGUACUUCCCUCCCUGGAUUGUGGCGAAGCGGGGCGUGGACUACCUGCUCUGUCACGGUCCCAAGGUACACAAGGAGCUAUGGGGCAUGACGCCACGUGAUGCGAUACUCUACUUCAUCAAAGAGGCCUGUCGUCUCGAGGACGUCCCCGUCACCUUCUACAGGCUACAGAAGGACAAGAAAGAAGAGAGAGGCACAGCUCUGCUGGGGCUGACCCUCAGAGGAAUGCAGCUUUAUCAGGAGGCGGACAACAUCCGCCAGCUUCUCUAUGACUUCCCCUGGUCCAACGUGGGACGACUCACCUUCCUGGGAAAGAAAUUUGAGAUCCAGCCAGAUGGUCUGCCGUCGGCCAGGAAGCUGGUCUACUACACUGGGUCUCCGUUUCGCUCGCGCCACCUCCUCCUGCACCUCAGCAACAGCCACCGACUCUACCUCAGUCUCCAGCCUGCCCUCAAACACCUCCGACAGCUGGAGGACAGCGAGGAGAAGAAGCGCUACAGGGAGUCGUACAUCAGUGAUGACCUGGAUCUAGACCAUCCAGGGGGCAGCGAGGGGGGCAGCCCCGGCCUGUCCCGACACUCUACCUCCAGCUCGGGCAUCGAGGCAGACCGCGAUGCGACACGGCAACACAGCAGCAUCUCCAUGGAGAUGGCGUCCAUGGAGGAGGAGACUGAGCUGAGGAAGAGGAUGGAGAAGUGUUUCAGUUCGGCAGCGAGUCACGGGAGUUCUCACACUUCGGGCGUGGACACGGGCAGCAAAGCACGCACUGAUGAAGAGGAGUGGCAGGAGGAAGAGACCCAGCAGGCCAGUGUGGACAGUCCAGGAGAGGUUUCCGUGGACGACCCAGAGGAAAUGCUGAGAUUGGCUGAGCUGAUGGAGGGCGUGUCGGUUGAUCGUCCCGUGCUCACCUCGGAGACUCAUUGUGAAGGUGAGGUUGAUUGUCCCGUGCUCACCUCGGAGACUCAUUGUGAAGGUGAGGUUGAUUGUCCCGUGCUCACCUCGGAGACUCAUUGUGAAGGAUUCAAGGGGGAUCAGGUAGACAGAGAUGAAGACCUGGUGACACUACGCAGCAAAGAUACCCUGGGACAGAUCCUGAAGUCAAGAUCCCAUUGCGUGGACCGCCACAGCCAGAGCCUGGAUGACGUUCGCCUCUUCCCCCCUCCCGCCCCCCUCGGCACGACUCUACCCCCUGACUCUUCCCACAGCUACACCUUUGGCCUGCCCCUCCCGGACUCCCAGUGUGACGCUAAGAGCCCCCCAGGGUGUAACAACGGAGGCUACUACCUCCCCCUCCACUGCCCGGCUAAGGGCACCUUCUAUGGACACAGGUCUAUGAACUGCCUGUCUCUGGAUCUACUGGGAGACGAACAGCUGUUGGAGUUCAUACUGUAGAACAACACAGAGGACCAAUGUCCUUCUUCAAGCCUAUUCUCUACCCACAUCUCCCUCCAAUGAAACUGUAGGAUACAGGGGAGUGGCUGCAUGCAGCUAGAGUUCUAACGUAAUGUUUUUACACUCCCGGGUCGACCUGUACUGGCCUGGUCACAUCAAGGACCAUGGAGGGCCCUCUUCAUGCCUGUGCUCUACUGUAUGACUCAGAUACAGGGGAGAGGCUGCACAGAGAUGUUGGAGGACUUUAUGCACCUUUUUAAGAGGAUUGAUUGGUAUUGGUAGCAUUCAUUGUGAAACGGAAGGAGGUCAUCACCUUCAAUAAUCAUCCCAAUACAGACCGUACUCUACAUAUUUAUUGAACAUGUUUGACACUAUUUUUGUUUUACCUUUUGUAGAUACUUUGUACAUAAUUGUCUUAUAUUUUCAACUAUUUUACUAUAUUUUUUUACUUUGAGGUACUAACACAUUGUAACCAUUUCAAUAACUGUAAAUAUAGGGGUGAACAUUGCAUUUCUUCAGUUUCUUAAUUGGUGUUUGUGUGAAUCGUGGUUUGAACCAGGAGUAUCUCUAGAAGUACUUUAUGGUCUAUUGUGAAGAGCAAAGGACUUUACUGCACGUUGACAUCCUGUGUAAAUUUAAAUGUAUCAUCAUUACAUUAUUAAAAAUAACCAACAGCAUUUUUAAUCUUAUGUUUUGCUUUUGUUUCCCUUGUAUGUCAGUUUUUAAAAUAUAUAUAUAUCUUUUUUUCCAUUUUCCAAUUAAGAACAUUGAAAACAAAAGUGAGAAGAUAUUAGACAACGAUAUAAAAAAAGAAUGCUCUGAAAUGAACAUCACAUAUACAAGAUUGUAUUUUGUCGCGAUAAUGUUUGAUGAUAUUUACAAGUCUGCCAUAGCUGCCACAAUGUUUGUCCUUUUUUUUUAAAUACAAAACUCAAAAAAUGAAAUUGUAAAAAACAGUUCAACAUGCUUGCACUGCUUGUCAAUAUUACAUUUCUAUUAAUUCUAUUUCUAAAUGUUUUCUUUCUAUACUAAUGUUUUGACUUUCUCUCUAAGUAGAGCAGCUAUUUAACUAUUUCUGUGUCUUCAUGCAUACACUGGAAUGAUUAUAUAAAUAAAGCAAUGACAAAGAGUCUCUCUGUACGU